UCACAUGGACAUGAUGAUUAUCUGCACAGUUCAACAAAACCUGCAACCUUUUGGAUUCAUUCAACAGAUACUUAUUGGAGAGAGACGUGUUCUUAAUUGUGAUUUUUGAGAAGUUGGAGAGAUAUGUGGUGGAUGUGGCUGUGAAGCCCGUGAUGGAAGAAGGAGGAAGGGAGGAAGGCCCGGGUGGUCAGAGGCCCGGGAGGAAGAGGAAGAGGAAGAGGAGUGGAAAGGGACGAUCAGCAUGGCAAGUUUUUCUGCUGGCCUGCUUUCUGUGCUGCAGUACACCUGGUAACCCUGAGGGUGGCGAGCGUGGGCAAGGUGAGCACUGCCAACCUACUGCCAACACUGUGACUGGGCAGAGGAGGUGGAGAACUGAGACACAAUGGACGACAGACAAAAAGACAGACGAAACAGGACAACAAAAUGGACAGAAAAAGAAAAAGAAAACAACAAGGACACCGAAGAAGGCACGGGCAAUGGCACAAUGGUUUGGCAGACUCUUCAAGGGGAAAGAAGACACCGAGGAGGAGGAAUGGGUGUGGGGUGUGCCCAUGAGCGAGGAGGCGAGGCUGAGGCGCAGGGAGGAGGCCCAGAGGAGGGUGGGAGCCUGCCUGGAGGCCUACAGGGUCCAGCAGGAGAGGGAGGAGGCCAGACAGGAGAGGCUCCGCGACGUCCGCAGGUACCGGAAGGCCAGGGAGGCAGCUGUGACAAUCUAUAGCUCUCUACCACCCAGAGCAGACACCAACAGAGCCAUCAUGUACAGAGAUGUGAACGACAACGAGGCAGCUAUGAACACCUGUAGCGCGCCUCCACCAAGACCAGACAACAACAACAACAGAGCCGUGAUGGACAGAGACGUGAUGGACAGAGAAGGACAGGUGAACAACAAGGACGCAGCAGGGACCAGACGGAACAGAGAAAAGGGUCAGAAUGCGCGUGAACUGACCAAGAGAGCAGAAAUCAACAAUGCAGGGAUUGGGCGACGAGAGAAGAUGGCACCACGGCACACCUCCAGAGAUACCUCCCACAUCAGCCACCAGUCAGAGUGGGAAGAGGAGGAGUCUCAGUGGCAAGUGGAGAUAAUGGGACUGAUCUGGGCAUUGGCCAUUUAUAUCGUCCCCAUGAUCUGGGUAUUUGCUGACGAUACACCAUGCGAGUAUUGAUCACAGAUGAGAGCCUAUAUAUCGCUGGACAACCCUGAAAUGAUCUGCUGCACUUGCACCUUAUUGACAUAUUUUUUAACUCACAUCUUACUGCUACACUUCACCCACACUUUACUGAUACACAUUCUUAACUCACACCUAUUGACACACAUUCUAGUUGUCUAAUAAAAAGUUUGUGUAUUUUGUUCAA